AUGUAUCACCAGAAGCUGACCAUCUCCUGGUUUGCCGUUGUUCUGCUGGCAUCUCCGCUCAUGGCCAUCUGGGAGCUGGAGAAAGAUGUUUAUGUUGUAGAGGUGGACUGGUCCCCUGGUGCCCCUGGAGAAAGAGUGGUCCUCACCUGUGACACUCCUGAAGAAGAUGAUAUCACCUGGACCUCAGACCAGAGCAGUGAAGUUGUCGGCUCUGGAAAAACCCUGACCAUCCAAGUCAAAGAGUUUUCGGAUGCUGGCCAAUACACCUGCCACAAAGGGGGAGAGACUCUGAGCCACUCACUUCUGCUGCUUCACAAGAGGGAAGAUGGAAUUUGGUCCACUGAUAUCUUGAAGGACCAAAAAGAUCCCAAAAAUAAGACCUUCCUGAAAUGUGAGGCAGCAAAUUACUCCGGACGGUUCACCUGCUGGUGGCUGACGGCAGUCAGCACGGACUUGAAGUUCAACCUCAAGAGUAGCAGCAGUUCCUCUGAGUCCCGAGCAGUGACAUGUGGAGCAGCGUCUCUGUCUGCAGAGAAGGUCACAGUGGACCAAAGGGACUAUAAGAAGUACUCGGUGGCAUGCCAGGAGGACAUCACUUGCCCAACUGCCGAGGAGACCUUGCCCAUUGAACUGGUGAUGGAGGCCCAGCACAAGUAUAAAUAUGAGAACUACAGCACCGGCUUCUUCAUCAGGGACAUCAUCAAACCGGACCCACCCAAGAACCUGCAGGUGAAGCCUUUGAAGAACUCUCAGGUGGAGGUAUCCUGGGAGUACCCUGACUCCUGGAGCACUCCCCAUUCCUACUUCUCCCUCAAGUUCUCUGUUGAGGUCCAUGGCAAGAAAGGAAAGAAAAAUGUGUCCCUCAUCGUAGACAAGCUCUCUGCCCAAGUCCGAUGCUCCAAAGGUGCAGAGGUCCGGGUGCGAGCUCAGGAUCACUACUACAAUUCAUCAUGGAGCAAAUGGACAUCUGUGCCCUGCAGUUAGGGUCCAAUCCCAGGAUGCAACCUUGGAAGAAAAAAAAUAAGUGGAAGACAUUAGGAAAGAAAAGUUUAAACUCAUGAUGGAAGAGACCCCCAAAGCUAUUUUCUACUUGGUUGGCUUUUUCCAGUUUUUUUAGGUUCAUGCUGACACCUCUGCUAUAUUUCUACAUUUAAAUGUUAAAUGCCCACUGAGAAUGAGCUAAUUCAUGUAUAGAUAUUUUAACACUGUACUUGGCCUUAUGCUAUUUAAAUAUUUAAGUAAUUUAUGUAUUUAUUAAUUUAUUUCUGUAUUUAACAUUUGUAUACUAAGAUGUAUUGAAUAUUUCAUGUUCUCAUGGGCUGAUCCACAGAGACCAGGCCCUGUUAUGCAAAGUGUGAACUUGUUAUCUUCUUCAACAACUUUUCAACCAAGGCUGCCCAGGUCCACUGGCUUUUGUGACAACCAAUAAGAACAUGAUAUUCUGACACAAGCAGUGUUAUAUAUUUGUGAUCAGUAAAGACACAGGGGGUAUUUAGAGACACGGAGAUGCUAUGAAGGAGACACUGAAGAUAUCAGUGCUGGUUCCAACAUCAAUGAAGACUUCCUAACAGUGGUAUUGAUGAGAAACCAGGGCCACCUGUGCUUCUAUUAAACAUCAGGUACCUAAAUUUAAAAGAAUUUUUAAAUCCACGUUUGGGGACGUAGCUCAGGUGGUGCUUGCCUAGCAUUCACAAAGCCCUAGGUUUGGUCCCCAGCACUGUAUAAACUAAGCAGGAUGGUGCAUCCCUUAAUCCUAGCACUGGGGAGAUAGAGGCAGAAAAGUCAUCUACGUAACAAGUUCAAGGCCAGCCAGGACUACAUGAUAUACUAUCUCAAGAAGACAGGAAGGAGAGAGGAGGUAGGGAGAGUGAGCUGGUUACCCCCAGACAUGGAGUAGAGACAUCCUGGGUGCCUGGAAGCAAAGAAGCUCUUGGCAUCUGAGAGGAGACAGAGAGUAGUUGUGACUAAAGGACACCAAAUCCAGAGUGGCAGAUCAGCCAUGCAAACGAUGCAGAGAAAACUGCGCAGAAUCAGUCUCUUUAGCCUGAGUGAACCUAAGGUGCAGCUAUGACCAGACGGGAUCCAUCGUGUCACUGUGGGAGGUACUG